AUGAAGUUCUCCACUCUCGCUCUCGGCGUGUUUGCAGGUAUGGCAGCUUCUGCUGCUAUACCUGCUUCUGUCGUUGAUGGCAUGAACCUCUCUGACAAUGGUCUUGGCCUUGUCAACCCUGCUGAUCCCGUUUGCCACAAAAACUCCGACUGCGGUCCUGGUGUGGGCUACUGCUACAAAGGCAUCUGCCUGGCUGAGCCUCCCAAGAUCAAGCGUGCCGACCCGAUCUGCCACAAGAACUCCGACUGCGGUCCUGGUGUGGGCUACUGCUACAAAGGCAUCUGCCUGGCUGAGCCUCCCAAGAUCAAGUGUGCCGACCCAAUCUGCCACAAGAACUCCGACUGCGGUCCGGGUGUGGGCUACUGCUACAAGGGAAUCUGCGUUGCUGACCCUCCCAAAGUCGAGCGUGAUGAUCCAAUCUGCCACAAGAACUCCGACUGCGGUCCUGGCGUGGGCUACUGCUACAAGGGAAUCUGCGUUGCCGACCCUCCCAAGGUCGAGCGAGAUGAUGCUUCUAUCGUUCCUUGCGGUACUAACGAAGAUUGCUUCAACGGUCUUUGCAUCUCUGGUAUUUGCCAUUGGGGUAUUGGAGAGGGUCCCGCCUCAAACAUUGCGGACAAGAAUCUUGCCUCCCUUGUUCAGACUUCUGAACCUGCGGAUCCCGUUUGCCACAAGAACUCUGACUGCGGCCCUGGCGUUGGUUACUGCUACCAUGGCAUUUGUCUUGCGGAACCUCCCAAGCUUACCUCUCGUGACGAAUCUGCCGACCCCGUCUGCCACAAGAACUCCGACUGCGGUCCAGGUGUUGGCUACUGUUACCAUGGCAUCUGUCUCGCUGAACCUCCCAAGGUUGCUCGUGAAGUGUCGGCCGACCCUGUCUGCCACAAGAAUUCCGACUGUGGUCCUGGCGUUGGCUACUGUUACCAUGGCAUCUGUCUCGCUGAGCCUCCCGUGCUUGCUCGUGAGGAACAGGCCGAUCCUGUUUGCCACAAGAACUCCGACUUUGGUCCCGGUGUGGGUUACUGCUACCAUGACAUCUGUCUCGCUGAGCCUCCCGUUGUUCCUCGCAGCGAAGAAGCCGAUCCUGUGUGCCACAAGAACUCCGAUUGCGGUCCAGGUGUUGGCUACUGCUACCAUGGCAUUUGCCUUGCUGAGCCUCCCAAGUGA